GGUCUGCAAAGAGCUGUCACGUGGGCGCUGAGCACCAUGGUGAAGGUGAAGGCCAAGGCUGACGCAGGGAAGGUGGCGACCCCGGAGAAGGUGUCAGGGAAGAAAAAGAAGGAGCAAAAGAAAGUCCUGAAGGUGGUCAGCGAGAGGAACGGAGGAGGAGCAGCCCAACAGCAACCACCCGCAGUGUCCCUCAAGGCUAAGAAGAAGAAGAACAGGAAGAGGAAGAACAAGAACAAAGGUGGGACUCCAAACGAAACUCCCUCCGAGGCAACAACCACCAAGGAAAUCGUGCCCCAGGAAUCAGACAGCAAGGGCACGGUGGAACAGAAUGGCGAGGACAAGAAGACUCCAGCUGGUGAGACGACAAACACAGCCGUAGAUACACAGGAAGGAGAGAGCAAGACUUCCAAGACCCAGGAGCCAGAGACAGAAGGGAAGGAGAACACAGAAGCAGCGGAGAAUGGGACGAACGCACAGGGGAAGAAGAAGAGGAAGAGGAAGAAUAAGAAGAAAGCAUCAGAGGCUCCAGGAGAAGGUGCCGAGAAUGCCUCAGUAAGCGUAGAAAACAAAGAUGAUAGCAAGGAGAGCAAGGAACCAGAAACAGAAGGGAAGGAGAAAACAGAAUCAGAUGGAACGAACACACAAGGAAAGAAGAAGAGGAAGAGGAAGAACAAGAGGAAAGCAACGGAAGCCUUAGAAGAAGGUACCAACGGCGCCUCAGGAAACGUAGAAGCUGAUGAUGGCGGUGGUGGUGAGGCAGGGAAGAAAAAGGGAAAUAAAAGACAAAAGGUAGAGAAGGAGGAGGGGGAAGAGAAGAAGGAAGAGAAUGAAGGAGACGCAGAAGAGGGGAAUGCUGAAUCGAAGAAGUCCAAGAAGAAGAAUGAGACAAAACACGUGCUCUUCAUCGGCAACCUUCCCUUCGACGCCACCGAGGAGGAGGUCAGGGAGCACUUCAAGGUGGUGGCUGACGACAUUGUGCGCGUCACCCUCUUGACCCGCCAGAAGAACAGCGGCAAGGGCAAGGGGUACGGCUUCCUGGAGCUGACCAAUGCUGUGGCCUACAAUGCCGCCCUGAAGCUCAACCUGUCCCAGUUCAAGGACCGCAAGAUCAAUGUUGAGUUCACCACGCCCGGCAGGAACACCAAGCAGCGCCGGACCCUCAUCAGGACCAAGACCAAGAAGCUGCUGGGCCAGAAGGGGAACAAGGCCGCCAAGAAGAAGAAGGCGGGAAGGAAACACUAACACAGCAAGCUUCACUUUUGUCUGGCUUCCUAAACACAGCGCUGGAGGUGGCGAGUGGCAGGUUUGGUUCAUAGUCUGGUAGUUGAGGUGCCUUGGCCAGUUUGUGUAUUUUUUGUAGUCUGGAUCUAAGUUACUGUUAUGUAUGUACCUAUAGAAUGGUUAUUUGAUAUUUCAUCCUCUUCAUGUAUGUAGUAGUUGGUUGCAUCAUUACUCCCUGAACUCAUAAUUCAUUCAUCGUGUGUAGCGACUAUCAUUAAUUAGGACACAGAGCGACUGCAGGGGACAGGUUCGUUAGGCUGAGUACUUUGUUCAGGUAUUGCUGGAAUGACUGCGUCAAAUCGUCAAUUACUCCUUGAGAUUAAAUAGUAUAGUUUGUCAAUGCCAACCCCAGCUAUUUGGGCAUGUGGCACGCUACCCAAAGUCGAUGCUGUUUAUUGGGUUGUUCUGUAAUGGAUAAUCCUGAGUGUAGGAGGCCAAGGGGAUGGAUGCUCACAAGGCUUGUGCUUGAGCAAGUCAGAGGAUUCUUGCCAUGAAAUACUCAACAUGGGAAGGGAGAGGCUUGCUUGCAGGGGUCACUGGGGAUGGCGUCGCAGGGUGGGUGAGGCAACACUCCCCAGGGUGUGCCCCGCUGAUUGGUGGCUUGACGAGAGGUAAGUCAGCCUGACCUGGCAGCGCCUGACAACUAAUUAUUUACCCUUUGCCUCCCCCAUCCAUGAAUAUAUUGACCCUUUUUAAAUGCUCACUUGUGCUACCAUUUACAACAAACCACACACUUGUCACUCCAGCCUUGUGGUGCAACCUGUCUUUUAGGAAGUGAGUGAUUAAAAGAAGUGGUAAA